AUGGACGAUAGCGACCUUUACGGCGCAUUACUUUACAUUGUCUUGUACGGCACGUUCCUCCUCCUCUCAGGAAAGGUCUUUUACGGGUAUAUCUACGGCGUCGCAGUCUUUGGAACCGUUGCCUUGCAUCUAAUCUUGAGUCUCAUGUCCCCGGCCCUCGAUACUGCUCCUACCCCGACUGCCGCCGACCCAACAAACUACAACCCUCACCACAAGCCCUCCAUGUCCAGUGCCUCGGCCGCCGGUCAUUUCUCUGCGACUCUCACUUUUCCGCGCUCCGCUAGCGUCUUGGGCUACUGCUUCUUGCCGCUCGUCCUGACUGCGCUAAUCGGUAUUCUCCUCCCCAUGGAUACCUUGUUCGGCUACCUUUUGACAACCGCGGCGGUCGGCUGGUGCACCUACAGCUCCUCGGGAAUGUUCUGUUCCGUGGCUCGUAUGAGCGGUAUGCGGGGUCUGGUUGCUUAUCCGCUGGCUUUGUUCUACGUCGUCUUCGGUAUCAUGGGGAUUUUCUCUUCUCGGGGCACUGGCACACUUGCAGCCAAGACUGGUGCUGCUUAA